GCCAAAGCGCAUCGCUCGAGCAGUUGCGGUGGAGGCCAAAGCGCUCUUCCAGUUCAUCGCCUCCCAUGGCGCCGACCCGUCACGCAAGCGGCUGUUUGCAGGCUUUCGUGCCCGGGCUGCGCAGAAGCGGCAGCACCCUUCUUUCCAGGAGGCAACGCUGAGCCAAUCUCCUCGCGCAGCCGAGGAGGAGGACAGCGCCGGUUCGGACAACGACGACGAGGACGAUGCCUCCUCGCAGACAGAUCUCGGCGAGACCAGUGAUGAGGAGGAUCUGACACAUGGAGGCGCCGAGCAGCGAGGAGCAGUUGCAGGAUCGUUGGCUCGAUGUGGCUUGGCCUUCGCUGGGGCGCUGCUGCACACCCUCGCCCCUAGCAGCGCCGCCGCCGUCCUUGAGGCGCCUUUGCGGGAGCUCGAGGUUCUCCCGCCCUUUGCACUCGCUGCGGGCAGUGGGAAAAGCGAGGCAGACUGGACGGCCGCGGCGUCUCUUCAGCUGGAGCAGCUUCAGGAGCGGCUUCCGGGCGGCUGCGGUCCGGCGCUUCGAGGACUCGCGGCCUUGGCUGUGGCAGCGGGAGCCGCGGGGGCGGCGCUGCGGGGCGCGGUGGUGCUCUUACGCAACCGCAAAG